AUGGGUGGCAACAUCUGCGUACUCGACUCGGCGCCUCAACCAAUCGAAGAAUUCUAUAAACUUGCUACAAAGUACGGCAUCGAUGCCAUGUUUCACAGGACCGAUGUUACCAACGAAGCCGAGUUAUCUGAUUCGUUCGAUCAUGUCGUUGAGAACAUGAGCAGUAUCGAUGGUCUCGUUACUGCGGCCGGCAUCGCCAUCGAUAAGCCAUUCGUUGAUUAUACUUGGGCCGAGGUUAGGAAGAUCCUAGACGUCAACGUGAUAGGAACUUUCUUUUGUGUGCAACAGGCAGCCAAGCAGAUGAUCAGACAGGGUCGGGGUGGCAGCAUCGUACUGAUUUCUUCCAUCUGUGCAACAACAACGGCUCCUGGGCACAAGCUGAGCGCAUAUCACUCGAGCAAAGGAGCCAUCAAGAUGCUCAACACCGCACUUUCAGUGGAGCUAGGCCAGUACAAGAUUCGCGUGAACAGCAUCAGUCCCGGUUACAUCGAGUCGGAUAUGACCAGGAAAAUGAGAGACGAGAAUCCAGCACUGACACAGCUGAUGCAUUCCACUCCUCCAUUGCAAAGGAUCGGCAGGAGCGAUGAUCUGACGGGAGCACUAAUUUACUUGCUCGGUGACACUUCGCAAUAUACCACAGGGAGUGAUACAAUGGUGACUGGUGGUUUACACGCUGGUCGAAGUGAGCAGUAA